AUGUAUAAAGAAAUUCCAAAAAAUAAUAAUCAAAGACAAGCUCUUAAAACUGAACUUAAAACAUGUACAAAUACAGAUAGUAGUGUAGUUUAUUAUUCAAUUCUAAUUGAAACAUCGUCAAGAAUGUCUGCCUAUAAUGUAAUAAUUAAAACAUUUAUUACUCAACUUCAAAAAAUCAAUAGAGAUUGUCAACUUCAAAUCAUUACAUUUGAUGAAACUGUAAAUACAGUAUUUGAAUUCGAAACUGAACCAAUUCUUCUUAAAGAUAGUUUAAAAGAAAUUAAAUUUUCAAAAGAUAAUGAAGAAGCAAAUUUUGGACAAGCAUUACAAGUAUGUUAUGCUAAUAUUGAAUCAUGUUGGUCAAGUGAUAAUAUUUCAAAAAUUAUUAUUUUUAGUUCAGGUAAAUCAACAGAUGAAUCAGGAGAUGAAUUAGUUGAUAUUUUAAGUUUAGAUAAUAAUACAAUAUUUGGAUUUGCAUGUGGUGCCAAUUCCGAUGAAGUUGUUAAAGAUUUACAAUAUCUAUUACCUGGUCACAAGAUUGCUCCAUUGGGUAAAAAUCCAAGUAAAGAAAUUAAAACAUUAAUGAAUAGUGGUGGUGAAAGUAACAACAGUUGUGGUGGUAGUGGUAGUGGCGAUGAUGAUGAUGGGGCAAAUAAUUCAUCAACUAAUUGUCCAGUGAAUAUUGAAGUUUAUCCACAUACAACUGAAACAAGAUCAAUCAAAGAAGAUCUUUUUCUUGAUGUUAUCAUUAAACCAGAUGGUAAUACAACAACGAUUCCAGCAGGUACAAAAAUUAAAUUUCUUUCAAGUAAAUAUUACUCGGCCUAUACCAUUCAAUUAAAAGAUGAUUUAAUAUUUGGUGAACCAUAUGAAGAAACCAUUAGAUUAGAGUUUAAAAAAGGUCAACUUGAAAAAACACAAUUUGAACACUUUCCAUCAAAAAUUAACUUUACCAUUGAACUUUCAAAUGAUAGAGACAAUGUCCAUCAGGGCUAUGUAUUUUUGAAUAUCUCUUACUUUUUAGGUGAAUUAAAAUCAAAGUAUAGUAUUAAUAUUGGUGUUGAAGGUAAUAUUGGUAAUGGUAAGAGUACUUUAUUGAAUGGCUUCAUUAAUCUUUUCAAUCCAACAGAUGAAUUGGUUGAAUAUUUCAUUGCAAAUCGUUCCAAUGAUGAUCAUGUAACCACAAGCUUCAACAAUACAUCAUUAAAGGAAAUUCUAUCAUCAAAACAAGAUAUUCAUCCAGUUCAAGAAUCAUUCCAUGAUAUUGAUAUCUCUUUGUCUGAUAAUUGGGGUUUCAUCGAUACCGAUGUAUCAUUAAGAUAUAAAGCCGAAGGUAGAAUUCAUCAUGGUGUCUCAAAGAAUAAUUGUAUAGUUCAACAACCAUUGGAUCGUUAUCGUGUCGAUUGUUUUAUUUUCGUUGUUUCCAUUAGAAGUUUCGGUGAUAAAGAUUCUAUGGCAAAAAUUGAAAAGAAAAUUAGAGAAGUUAUUGAUAUGGGUAUCACUCCUUUAUUAGCUAUUACUUUUGUUGAUGCUCUUUCUAAAAAUCAAUUUCAAGAACUCAUUAGAACCAGAGGUGAAUUAUCAGUUCAAGAAUCUAAUACCUUUAUCAUCAAUAACUAUACUGAAAAGGAAACUCAUAGAGAUAUCUCUAAAGAUAUUCAAUAUCUUAGAUUAUUAACAAAAGCUGUUCAAUUAUGUAAAAUUUUAAAAGAAAAGCAAGCAAUGAAUAAAUUAAAAGCUUUAUCAAUUGAUGAAAAUAAUAAUCCAACACCUGUUAAAAAUCAACAACCAUCAUCAUUUUUUGGUGAAUGUUCUUCAACCUUCACUUCUCCAAAUAAAUCGUUUCAAAGUCCAAUGACUGGAUCUCCAAUGCAAACUCGUCAAUCUGAAACUCAACAACAACAACAACAACAACAGCAACAAAUAUCUUUACCAAUUAAUGUUACCGUUGAUGUUGUACCAGAUGCUCAAGGAACUAUUUUAACUUCAUUCGAGAUAGAAGCAAAUCUUAAUGAAACCAUCUCUGAAUUAAAGAAUAGAUUAAUCAAUGAAAUUGACUCCAAUAUUAAUUCAAAUGAUUGGAGCCUUACAAAAGAAAAUGGUACAAUUCUAUUCGAGUCUGCUAAAUUACUAUUAUUAUCCUCUUCUUUUAAACCUUCUGAACAACCUGAUUCCAUUAAAUUAGUAUUAAAGAAGAAAUUAAGAUUAUAA